AGACUUGUUGGGAAAAACAGAAACUGAGAAUGGCAUCACUAGAGGUAGAGGCAUUGUUCAAAAGCGAAGUUGAAAUAUCGCAACUCUUGCUUCGUUUCGCUGAUUCCAUGGCUCUAAAGUGUGCGAUCGAGCUUGGACUGGCAGAUAUAAUAAAUUCUCACGGUCGUCCAAUCUCUCUGUCCCAAAUAGCUUCAGGUAUCAACUCACCUAGGUCGGACAUGUCUUAUCUUGCUCGUAUCAUGAGAUAUUUGGUCAGAAAAGAAUUUUUUACUGCACACCCCCCAUCAGAUGGAGGAGAAACACUCUUUGGGCUGAAUCAAAAAUCAAGAUUGCUAAUGCAUGACUCUGAACGAAGCCUCGCUUCUUUAAUAAUCAUGCAAAACCAUCCAUGGUUCCUCGAACCGUGGCAUUGCUUGAGCCAAUGUGUGAAAGAAGGUGGAACCGCUUUCUCGAAGGUUCAUGGCUGUGAAGUGUGGGAUCUUGCGUCUCGAAAUCCUGAGGUCAACAGGAUUUUCAAUGAGGCCAUGGCAUGCACAUCAAAGAUCGUGACGACGGCAAGUUUAUCACAAUACAAAGAUGGUUUCAACAAUAUUAGAUCAUUGGUGGAUGUUGCUGGUGGUAUUGGAGGACAUGUAGCAGAGAUUGUCAGGGCCUACCCACACAUUGAAGGAAUAAACUUAGAUCUGCCACAUGUUGUAGCAACAGCACCAAAAUAUGACGGAGUUUCCCAUGUUGCAGGAAAUAUGUUUGAGGCUAUUCCUAAUGCUGAUGCUAUUUACAUGCAGCGGAUACUGCAUGGUUUUACCGAUGAAUCAGGCGUUGAAAUUUUGAGAAAUUGCAAGAAAGCAAUACCUGAAAAAACUGGAAAGCUUAUCAUAGUUGAUAUAGUUCUACAAACAGAUGAUUAUCGUGAUCAAUUUGAUGAUAUAAGAAUGGUAAUGGAUUUAAUGAUGAUUGCACAGACCUCGGGUGGGAAGGAGAGAACUGAGCAAGAAUGGAAGAAAUUAUUAGAGGAAGGAGGCUUCCCUCGCUAUAAAAUCAUCAAGAUUCCAGCAUUGCAAUCUAUUAUCGAGGCUUAUCCAGAGUGACAUAUCAAUUUGCUG